CAACACAUCUUCAUUUGCUCUAUCUUCCCAAUUCUCUUUUCAUUUCAUUUCUUGUUUACUUUUGUGUCUGUUUCUUCUCAUACUAUUUUUUACUAGAAAAAGAAACAAAAAACUUAAGAUGUUUGAGCACGAACAUCCCUUAAAUCUUACAGAUUUGUGGUCGGAACAACUGCAACGUAAAGAAGAUUAUGAAGAAGACGAGGAGAACGAGGAUGAAGUAGAUGCAAAACAAGACUUCCGAUGUUUUUGUUCCCGGUGUUAUGAAGAAAUCAACUGGUUCCAUAGGUAUUACUACUCUUGUUCUACAUGUAGUGAUUAUUCUGUACAUAAAUUUUGUGCAGAGCUUCCCGAAAGAUUGGAAGACAUUUGUGAGGUUGGUCAUACUCUUGGCUUCUACCUAUUUAACAACGAUUGGUGGUGUGAUAUUUGUCGUCGAUUUAGUAAGCCUAGAGAGCUACUUUACCGUUGUAAUCUUUGUGCUUUUAAUGUUGAUGCAAAUUGUGCUAAAAAAAGGCUACAAAACAAUAUCAUCUAUCAUCCUAGCCACAAACACCCACUAGUUCGCAUCCCUAGACAAUUUUUAGGUGAGUGUGAUGCAUGCGGGAAAGAGCAUAAAGGGCUCUUUUAUCAUUGUCCCACGUGUGCUAGUUCUCAAUUCAUUCAUAGUGAUUGUGCUUUUCUACCGAAAAAAUUGCAAAUCCAACAUAUGACAAAUGAUAUCUUCUCCCAUAUUCAUCCUCUCACCCUUGCUUAUUCCUUUCCAAAAACGGAUAUAGAAUCCAAAAGAUACCCACGGUGUAGGGUAUGCCAUCUCGGGUUUUCUUCUAGUUCACAUCUUUGGCUGUAUAAAUGCGAGAAAUGCAGAUACUAUACCCAUCUAGAUUGCGCAACAUCUCCAGCUACAGACAAAAUGAUUAAAAACUAUGACGAUGUUGAACACCCUGAUCUUCUUCAUCUUCCAUUUCCUGAUCCAUCUUAUAGCAUACUAAAACACUUGUUUUUCAAGGAAAGUGGAUCAGAAACACAUGAAGUUAGUCAUCAACACCCACUCAUUCUGGAAGAUAGCCCCACCUCUUCAAGAAUAUCCUACCAUGACCCAACAAAGAGGAUUGAAACUUUGUGCAAUGGAUGUUUAAGGCCAAUUACGAGUAGGCCAGUUUACGUGUGUUCUAAUGAGGAGGGGGAGCAUUGCAACUUUGUGCUCCACGAGUGGUGCUCCCGACUGCCUAUUGAACUAAAAGACCACCCUCAUCACCCACAACACCCCCUGAUUCUCCAUUCAAAAAUCAUUGGUAAGUUUUUCGGGGUCUUCAUUUGUGAUCUUUGCUGGUUACCUUGCAAUGGAUUUGCUUAUUGUUGUGUCGAAUGCGAUUACUACAUCGAUGUUAAUUGUGCAUUUGUACCUAAAGAAAUCACUCACAAAUCUCACCCGAAUCACCUCCUUACAUUAAAUAGUAGUCGUCGUUCAUUCAUUUGCCAUACUUGUGAUGACUUUGGAAUACACUUGACGAGGGCUUUGUUGAUACCAGAGACAACUACACACAAGUGUGACAAGCAUCCUAUGAAGCUAAGUUACUUUCCCAGUGAGAACCAUAUGGGUGACUAUUUUUGUGAAAUUUGUGAGGAGGAGUUUGAUCCCAAGUAUACAUUCUAUCAUUGUCGUGAGUGUAUGCAGUCUAUGCAUACAGCUUGUGCUCCGUCAAUACUUCGGUAUGAAACAUAUGACAAAUAUGCUGGAUAUGGAGACGUUCAUCGCUAUGUAAAUGUGAAAUUUGGGGGCACAUAUAACAAUACUGAAGCGCAUCCACACCCUCUUUCAUUCGAUCAAGGAGUUGAAAGCGAUGGUCAAUGUGGCAAGUGUGGUCGCAGUCUCCAUUACGAGAUGAUCUUUAAGUGUUUAACUUGUGAGUUUGUAAUUUGCUACGAUUGUAUGAAGCGUCUUUGUAAAGAAAAAAACUAAGCUAUUUGUUUUCUCAUCAAGUAAUUAGGUGACCGACCACACACGUUGACGUUAUAGUUGAAGCCUUUUCUGUUUAAUCUUUUCUUCUUUUAUAUACAAAACGAAUUGAAG